GCACGCGACUGUGGCGGGCAGGGUUUAAAACACAGGGCAGGGGGCGGAAGACUAGCGGGAAACAUCUCCGCAGCCCCUUCCGAGAACACUUGAACCGAAAGCGCUAACGAGUGGAAAUGUCACUGCUCCCAUUUAUGGCGCCGUGAAGUGUAAUUUCAGGCACAUCUGGAGUAAAGCUGUAAGAAAGAAGGCGGACGCGCGCAGCCGAACACGCGCAGCCGAACACGCGCAGCCGGGCGACCCGUUGCCUGCGUUCGGCCCGACUCCGGCGGAGGCAGCGGCUCGGCGCUCGGCGAGAUGUUAUCGUAACUCGACGGCUCCUUCAGACGCUCCUAAUUGAUGGCUUUCAAAGAGACGCGUUAAUGAGGCUUUUGUGUAACCGGGUUCUCAACCGGAGCGUCUAUUGAGCGCCAAAUAUGCCGCUAAUGUGGCAAAAAUGAGCGCAAGGAGCGGAUCAUCGGGCAACGAAUAGUGGAGGCUGUGACAAUAAUGAAUACGUCGGUUAAAGUGGAUUAAAUGCUUCUACUCCGCUGGUAAUAAACGAUAAAGAGCUAAAAUGCAAACCAAGCAACGAAACCCGACGAAACGCAAAAGCAGCCGACAGGUUGCGUGUCAUUUAACGGCUCCCGUGGGCAGAGCAAAGGCUUCGCAUAUUUUCCACACGUGGCCGGGAAGGUAGAAGGGCCGUCACGCGUACCCUACACGUGCGGUAAACGCUCUUCGAAGACCCUCUCGCGUCUCGUUCGAAGGGAGAGGCAACCGCAGAGCAUUACAGCGCGUGUCCGUGGCCCGUGCGGUACGGCUGAUUACGAGCACGUCUCCGUCCGUGUCCGUGUGCGCGCGUGUAUCAGCCUGUGUAUUCGGUGCGACCGACACCGGCGAGCAUGUGGCUGUGUGGAGCGGGGGCGCUGCACUGUUAUCUGGGGGGGGAGGGGUUGGCUGGGUUACUCGAGGGGGAUGGGGGCGUCGCGUCUCCGGGAGCCCCGAGGCGGCUCUCGCUCGGCGGCCGAGACGUCGGGUCACGGCGUGUCGGCACGUGCCGCGCUGCGGCUCCCCCGGCCAAUCGGGGCGCAGCGCUGGCCCCGGAGAAGGAAAUCCGAGCACGUGUCGAACGCGGCGGGGGGUGGCGAACAAGCCUGCCGCAGGAAUCCCCCGCCCCCUCCUCCUCCUCCUCCCACCGCUGCUCACAUUUUCCACCUUAUUCAUUUCUCUGCCUUUAAUGCUUUAUUCAGCACCUUCCCUUCGCACUGAUCCCCGUACCGCACCAUAACCGGAGCGAAGAUCUGAGCCCAGCGCCAACCAUCUCGUUCCGUCUGCCAUUUCUGAAACGAGCGCUUCCCGCCACGGUAAUCGGCCCCCGAUAAACCCCCGACUAAUUAAAACGCGAUCCGGGCGUCCCGCAGCAGCCGCUGGCUUCUCGCACCCGACACCGAGCGUGAAACGGUGAGGUCGGCGGCGCUAUUAUUAGCCCACUGCGCCCUCCCGGGAAGGCGCGAAUCUCGGCCAAAAAUAGCUCUUCCGAACGAGUGUCAGUAACCCCCCCUCCCCACGUUAUCAAUUUCAUGUAAAAAAAAAAAGGCCCCUUUCGCAGGGAUUUCACAUUUUCACGCUGCAGUUGCUGCACUUAUUGACUGCGGGGAUGCUUAAAUACAAAGAGUGCUGUAAGACCGCGGUAAGAACGGCCCAGCUGCUGCGUACGUCCUGCCCGUUCUUACCGCGGUCUUACAGCAGGACCAAGGGACCAAAGCGCUGCCGACACCCAUUAAUCCCAGCGUCCGCUCAGGGCCUGCGGCUUCCCGGGAACACACCUCCGCUCCACGGGUAUUUACCGCAGCGCUGGGCCAACGCUCACGUUAGCGCGACCCGCUUCGCAGACCAUAGACUAACCGUGCGUCACGGCGGCGUCACGUUCCAGCCCGCAGAAGGACACCAGAGCACCCAACGCGGCGUCUGGAGAAGACAGGGUAUCCAGGAGACCAGGAGCCCUAAACGAUCCGGUGUGAACUACGACCGGAAACAUUUACACGCGCUGACAAGUCUCUAUUACACACCUUCGGCAGCGUUGCGUGUAAAGACAACGAGCGCCGGAGCGCCCGGAACUGCGGAUUCCGCGGGGAACCGGAGACGACGAAGCCGCCCUCGGCGACCCCUCGCUUGUCGCUCCUCGCCGGUGACCGCACCGUCCAUCGAGGGCCGCUCACCCUCGCCACGAUCCCCUUCCCUUGUUGAUUUGGCACCGUGCGGGAAGCUGGCCGCCGGCCCGGUCCUCCGCUUCUCUCCGCUGCGCGGGAUGACUUCAAGCCCGGCGAUUACGCGAAGGACACGCGGCCGGGUUCGACAUGGCGACGCUCGCAGGAUAAGCUCCAGACCACCGCGACCCUGUGCUGAACAAGGACUUUCUGAAAAGAGAGGGAUGGAUAAAUAAUGAGCUCUCCAUCUGAAGAACAUCUUAACACCUCUUUAAGGUAACUCCAGUAACUCACCGGAUACUCUUUACACACUGAAAUACAGACAUGUCAACAGUUAGUCACUGCAGCAAGGAGGCCGUGAACGAAUUAGCUCCUUUACAUGACAAAGUAGAAAGUAAUUUCGUUAAAGGUGUCCUAAAGAUAAAAUAGUUCUGCACCACGAGACAAUUUCAGCAGCAUCACUUACGCAACAUAAUGAGCCCCCGAUGGGCCAAACCAUUAGUCAAAGGGUGAUAAGCCCUGCUUUGUGGUGGGUGGGAGUGCGGGGGGUAUCCCCGUAUCCCCGACCGUAUUUUAUUAAGCUCUCGAGAUGUGUCUUUCCGCACGAAGAUUUAUGAGUCACCUGCAAAACGGUGACCAUAAUGAGCAAAGUCCUUCUUUUCACACUGCUUAUUGAGGUGACUCGUUAACUAAGCA